AUGUCCCCCUCCGAGAUUAUGGGCCAGGUGCACGUCUCGGCGCUCAUGCCCACCGUGGCCAAAGCCUCCUACACCAGCGCGACCGCCAACAUUCUAAAAUUCAAGCCGGACGUCCAGAGCGGCAGCCUGGCCACCGUGAUCUCGAACCCGAGCUCCUCUACGACAAGCGACGGCGACGGCGACAACACGGUCGCGAUCGCGGCGGGAGUGGCGGUGCCUGUGGCGCUGGCUCGGUGGCGUGCCUGGUGA